ACGUCGUACGUUGCUUCAGAUUACGUUCGUAGAACACAAACAAACAUGUCCGACAUCGUAGAGGAGCCGCCAGUGUAUUUAGCAAUUAGCAACAUUCCCGUAGUUUUCCGCUCAGCAGACCUGAGAAAUUACUUCAGUCAGUUCAUAGAAAGCGGUGGUUUCCGUUGUUUUCAUUAUCGACAUCGGCCGGAGGUACUCCGAGAGUCCGAGGGGAUCGAAAGCACGACCGGUACCACCACGACGGUGUGUGGUGGAGACGAACCGUCCGGCACCGAGUCCGAGGCUCCCGAAUCAACAACAAAGAGCAGCUCGUUGUCCACACCGGCGGUGAAGUCGUGCUGUUGUAUCGUGUCAGUCGGUGCUAAAGAUGCCGACAGGCUCAUCAGGAUGUACGCGGGGAACCACUGGAUCGACUCGAAGGGCAGCUGGCUGACCAGACGCUGCGUCAUCAGGAGAAUAAAGGUUUCAGCUGACAAAGGUGAAGGGUCAUUCCCCUACAAAACAAAGUACGAGCAGCGUCACCGCGUCUCCUUAACGGAGCAUUUCACCGAGGCUGACCUCCAGAGCUUACCCGAGCUGAACCCACCCGCUCUGAUGCAGAACGGGAACGUGGGCACGCCCGUCAACGCCUUCCUCCGGCUCAUCCAGUGCUGUCGCCUGCCUCCACGCCUCAUCCGGAAGCUGGGUCUCACUUUCCCCAAAACGAGCUCCAGCCGUCGGUACGGAAACGUGCCGUUCCAGUACCGCAACACGCGCAUCCUGCCGGCCACGGAGGAGACCGUGUUAACAGCCGCUGGACACGAAAUCUCAGGACCGGGCACGUGGACAGCUCCGUCUUCAAGAUCAAGACCGCUGGCCGAGGACGCGCCAGAAUCCGAGGCGGCUGACGAGACGCAGAACGAGGAGGAAGGGGAGGACGCGCAGUCGAACGCAGACGAUGACGACGACGGCUGUGAAGAGUGGGAACGCCACGAGGCUUUGCACGACGACGUCACGAGCCAGGAGCGGACCAAAGAACGGCUGUAUGAAGAGGAGAUCGAGUUGAAGUGGGAAAAAGGAGGUUCGGGUUUGGUGUUUUACACAGACGCCCAGUACUGGCAAGAGGAGGAGGAAGGAGAUUUUGAUGAGCAAACAGCCGACGACUGGGACGUCGACAUGAGUGUUUAUUAUGACAAAGAUGGAGGUGACAUGGAUGCUCGGGACUAUAUCAAGAUGCGGUAUGAGAAGCGGCUGAGGGAUGGUCUUGAAGUUGGAUCAGGGCAGAACCGGUCUAUUGGCAGCUUUGAGAGGUUCUCUAAGGGUUUUGGUCGACGUAUGAUGGAGAAACAGGGCUGGAAAGAUGGUGAUGGGUUAGGAAACAGCCAAAUUGGGAUUCCCGAAGCUUUAGAGAAUGAAGGUCAACAUCCUCAUUGCAAAAGAGGCUUUGGAUAUCAUGGAGAAAAACUAUUAUUACAUCCUGUAAAAAAGGCCAGACCAGACCAUCUUAUAAGUACAGUUUACGAUCAACCCAAAGACAUUGAUAAAGGUGAUAGUUUGCUGAGACGCCAACCCAGCACCAGCAUGAAGUACAGAGGAUGGCAACCAGGUGGCAGCAUUGGGCCAAAAAGAUGAUGGAUUCUGUUUUCCAAUACCUGGAUACUGUUCUUUAUGUCUGUUUGUAUUUAAAAAAUAAAAUUAUUUAAACUUUUCA